CUCUCCGCAGCCGAUCGGGGCGAUCCAUCAUUAAUGGAAACUGGGCGAUCGACCGGCCAGGGAAGUAUGAGGGAGCGGGAACCAUGUUCACAUACCGGCGCCCCAACGAGAUUAGAAGCACCGCCGGAGAGUCCUUCCUCGCUGAAGGGCCCACAAACGAGAUCCUGGACGUUUAUAUGAUCUUCCAGCAGCCAAACCCUGGUAUUCACUACGAGUACACAAUCCCUGAGAAACCAGUGGAUGCUCAGCCAACCAACCACAGACCAGAAGGGAACGCUGUGAAUGGACAGGGAGGAUACGACCAUCACAGAAACACUCACCAGGAAAACUACAACCCAGCAGGGGGGGGUCGGGACCCUCCUCGCCUCCCAGAUAAUCAGGUUCCUGCUGUGCAGCCGCCCAGACGCCCCAGAGACUACAACUGGAAGAUGGCGGGAACUACAGAGUGCAGCGCUUCCUGUGGGAAAGGAUUCAGAUACUCCAUCUUCAACUGCGUGUCCCGACUGAACCAGGGCCAGGUGUCCGAGGCUCUGUGUGACAGCAGCAGCAAACCCUCUCAACAGGAAGAGGCCUGCAACCUGCAGCCCUGCCCCGCAUUCUGGGACAUUGGGGAGUGGUCAGAGUGCAGUACGAUGUGCGGGCUGGGCACGCAGCACCGGCAGGUUUUGUGUCGGCAGAUUUACGCCAACCGCACCCUGAACGUUCACACGAGCCGCUGCGAACACUUAGAACGACCGGAGAUCACGAGCAGCUGCCAGCUGAAGAUCUGCAGCGAGUGGCAGGUCCGCUCAGAGUGGAGCGCG